AUGGAAAGUCAAAAAUUAUACGAAAAGAGUAACGAUAAAGAUUCUCAAUUUGCUAAAGCAUUACAUGGAGAAAGUUAUAAAAAAACUGGAUUAAGUGCUAUUUUAGCUAAAGGUAAAGAUGCCAGUGAAUUAGCUAAUAGUGGAUAUUUCAAACAUUGGGAUGGAGGAGUUGCUAAAGAAGAUGAAGAUAAAAGAUUAGAUGAUUAUAAUAGAUUAACUCAUCAUUACUAUAAUUUAGUUACUGAUUUUUAUGAAUAUGGAUGGGGAUCAUCAUUCCAUUUUUCAAGAUAUUAUAGAGGUGAAGCUUUCAGACAAGCUACUGCUAGACAUGAACAUUUCUUAGCUCAUAAAAUGAAUAUUAAAGAAGGUAUGAAAGUUUUAGAUGUUGGAUGUGGUGUUGGUGGACCAGCUAGAGAAAUUUGUAGAUUUACUGAUUGUAAUAUUGUUGGAUUAAAUAAUAAUGAUUAUCAAAUUGAAAGAGCUAAUCAUUAUGCUCAAAAAUACCAUUUAGAUGAUAAAUUAUCAUUUGUUAAAGGUGAUUUCAUGCAAAUGGAUUUCGAACCAGAAACUUUCGAUGCAGUUUAUGCUAUUGAAGCCACUGUUCAUGCCCCAGUUUUAGAAGGUGUUUAUUCUGAAAUUUAUAAAGUUUUAAAACCAGGUGGUACUUUCGGUGUUUACGAAUGGGUUAUGACUGAUAAUUAUGAUGAAAGUAAUGAAGAACAUCGUAAAAUCGCUUAUGGUAUUGAAGUUGGUGAUGGUAUUCCAAAAAUGUAUCCAAGAUCAGUUGCUGAACAAGCUUUAAAGAAUGUUGGAUUUGAAAUCGAAUACGAAAAAGAUUUAGCUGAUGUUAAUGAUGAAAUUCCUUGGUAUUAUCCAUUAGCUGGAGAAUUUAAAUAUGUUCAAACCUUAUCCGAUUAUUUCACAAUUUUCAGAACUUCAAGAAUUGGUAGAUUUGUUACAACUGAAGCUUGUGGAUUAUUAGAAAAAGUUGGAUUAGCUCCAAAAGGAACUAAACAAGUUACUAUUGCUUUAGAAGAUGCUGCUGUUAAUUUAGUUGAAGGUGGUAAACAAAAAUUAUUUACUCCAAUGAUGUUAUUCGUCUGUAAAAAACCUUUAAAAGAAUAA